AAGAUGCGACUGCGCGUUCCAUGAUAAUGUUCACGGAAAAUUCACUUGAAGUUAGCCACGAUUUUGCACGGUUUACCGUGUCCGGCGUUAUCAAUGCAUUAUCAUAGUGCAGGCGUUGAAAGGGUAAAGUUGAAAGGGAAAGUUAAAGACGUAGGCACAAGGGAGCGUCUAGUUGAUCAAACGUACACAGAAGCUGAACAUUUUCACUCGACACGUAGGAUUAUACCUCCACUUUCUAAACUAUAGUUUCUUUCUAACUGAUUUAAAUACGAUCAAUUACCCGGGAAACGUUAGAGCAAUACCAUUUACAGAAUGAAAAACAUGCCGUGGCCGCGUCUAUGACGCUUUCUAUCAUCGAAUCCGAGCAUGCGUCCUCCCACUCGGUGCUCACGACCGCAUUCUCGCAAAUAGAGAUACACGGAAUCGAGCGUGCAACUUCAGGCAGCGCAAGUGGAAAGACCUUCUACAUUGCGAAGUGGUACGUAAGCGCAGUACGUACGUAUUAUGUACAUACACGUAAACCGAUCAUUAAACGCGACGUCGACGGAUCCGAUCGCGCGAUAAUUGAUUCGGAGCCUGGCCUCUGCGUCUGAACGGGACGAUCGCAUCGUAAAAGAAAAAAUGUGUCGGUGCUGGCCGCGUAAGUGGCACCCCGAGCUAGUGAAUUGUGCGCGGUCGAUAAACAGCGAACAGCAGGGAGAGCCUCGAGGGGAAGAAGAUCGUCGGAUUUGAGACCGCUGGAUCGACGGCGUGUCUGUGACCACGCAACACGCGCAUAUCACAAUCAUCGUGACAACUAUACGUGGACGCUGUUACAUGGCGAGUUACUCGCGAGGACGAUCCUCCCGACAAUCCGACUUUCAGUCCAGUGACACAAUGGACGAUGAUGUAGACGACAAGGAUGACACGAAACGGAAAUCGCGUAAUCUGAGCGAGAAGAAACGGCGCGAUCAGUUCAACAUGCUCGUAAACGAACUUGGCAGCAUGGUCAGCUCGAACACGAGGAAAAUGGACAAAUCGACUGUGUUGAAGUCGACUAUUUUAUUCCUGAAAAAUCACAAUGAAAUAGCUGUCAGAUCGAGGGUACAUGAAAUUCAGGAAGAUUGGAAACCAUCAUUUUUGUCUAACGAAGAAUUCACGCAUUUGAUACUGGAGGCUCUGGACGGUUUUAUAAUGGUAUUUUCUUCAAGCGGGCGCAUUUAUUAUGUAUCUGAAAGCGUUACGUCUCUACUUGGAUAUCUUCCAAACGAGCUGGAGAACACGACCAUCUACGAUAUCGCGUAUCAAGAGGACCAAUCUUCCCUUUACAACUUACUAUUAAAUCCUGCUAGCACACGAGAUCGACGAAACAUUAAAAAAGNCCAAAUAGCUUUCUCAUGCCAUAUAAAAAGGGGAGGUUUGAAUGUCCAAGAAGAUCCCAUAUACGAAUAUGUGCAGUUCGUCGGAUAUUUCCGUUCUAAUGCCGAUACGGAGGUAGACAGUUUGCUUCCGAACACGAAAUUCGGGAACAUGGGGAUGGACACGAAAUUAGUUUUCGUGGGUACAGGACGCCUCCAGACACCUCAGCUAAUCCGAGAACUAUGCGUGACGGAUAAUACGAAAUCGGAAUUCACGUCACGGCACAGCCUCGAGUGGAAAUUCUUGUUCCUGGAUCACCGAGCAUCGCCCAUUAUCGGUUAUCUGCCUUUCGAAGUACUGGGCACGUCCGGUUACGAUUAUUAUCACGUGGACGAUUUGGAUAAGGUGGUCACUUGUCACGAAUCAUUGAUGCAGAAAGGUGAAGGAACCUCCUGUUACUACAGAUUCCUUACGAAGGGUCAGCAAUGGAUAUGGUUACAGACUCGAUUUUAUAUUACGUACAAUCAAUGGAACUCGAAGCCAGAGUUCAUCGUCUGCACCCAUUCUGUGGUCAGUUAUAUCGACGUAAUUAAGGAAUUGCGUAAGGAAUCAGAUAGUUUUAACAAAGAGCAAGAUCGGGAUACCCUGAUACCCGUUAAGCAAAAGCAGGUGACGACGACCUGUCCAGUUCCAUCGACGCAGUGGUCAGUCAAAUCAUCCAAGACUUCGAAAUCUAUACCAUCGAACACUCGGUCACGGCAUCAUGCCGAAAGUUCCGACAGCUCCUCGAUGUCCAUGCACAGUUCGUUGCAUUCGCAAAUGACCCAUGUUUCACGAUCGAAAGGCACUUCGGUGAACAGUUCUGCAGCGUCGAAAACUCAAAUGCCACAGAUGGACAGCACGCAACAGCAACAGCCCACGCAGCAAGCUUUGUUGGAGGUUGAUCAGAAUUGCAUAAAUUUCAUGGAGCAAACACCAUACGCGACAGUCAAUUUGCAGCCUGUGGUCAGUACCGGGUUUACACCACCCUCUGCGCCCAUUAUUUCAACGUUGCCGGCGCACGAGAUGCUGCAUCAGCAAGGUAUCGUAAUGACGCCGGUGCAGAAUCAAAUUCAAGACGAGCUGCAGCGUAAGCACGAGGAACUGCAGCAACUCAUAGUACAUCAACAAGAAGAGCUGAGGAGAGUAUCAGAACAACUGUUCAUAGCUAGAUAUGGAAUUUUGUCGCCAUUACUUAAUGCGGGUAUACCGUACAAUACGACGAACGCUUGCCAACAGAUGAAUCGAUGCAACACGAACAACUCGACGAAUAUACAAUUGCCGACGUCGAGUAGCGUGCAAAGUGUAAACGUUCUUCCUCUACCGAUCACGGUUCCGGUGCCAAUAGUGCCUACGGAGCUGUUCUCGCAUCCAUUGACAGUCAGCCCGGUACCAACGGUGUCGGCCACGGGGCAAGGAAACGUCGGGACGAUGAUUCAAACAUCCCAGCAAUCGCAUCAGCAGUUACAACAGCAGCCGACGCAGCAACAACCACAGCAACAGGGACCAACGCAACAAAACGGGAACCCGCAGGAUCUCGACCCUUUCCAGAUAUGCUCGCAUCAAGCGGAUAUGUUGUACAACGAUGUAGAGCCAGCCUCGAGUCAACAGCAAAGACCAUCGCAGAAUUGAAAGUACACGCAUCUCGUGUUUGCUUCUGGUAUUCCAUUUUGAAGUUUUUGUGAUCUCGAUAACUGAUAGAGGAUCUUGGUUAGUGAAAUGGAUAUCUAGAGAUUAACUGAUGCACGUCAUCGUAGCUGGAACGAUACCAUUCCGUGGUUCUGUCAAUAUUUCGUGUAUACAUUCUAUGUAUGUGUGCAGAAACGAUGAAUAUAAUCAGAUAUUUUUAUACACAUGUGUUGUGAGAAGAUAUGCCAAACGAAGAGUGCUCAUUAAUUACACGGUAUAUUUUGAUUUGCAAGAAAAAAUAAUUUGACUAUUGUGUUGCAAUAGUUUAUACUGGUGCACAGGGUGCUCUUUGAAAUAGGGGAUGUCACGACUUCGACCGUCUACAGGCCUGUGCAAUAAGCAUAAUUCAUUUGGUAGGGACGUUUUUAAGACCUGUCUCGAGGAAUGAACGAACAGGCGAAUCGCGCACACGAAUGCUCUCGUGCGUAGUAAGAAAGUAAAGGAAAGCAAACAAAAGAAUGGAGAAAGGACUUGUCUCGUAUACUCGAGGGAAAUAUACGUGUAACAAAACUGUAAAACAGUGAGUUCAAACGGGUAUUCGGGGCUUUAAGUACCAUUGAAAAGCUAAUCGUUACGUUACUGGGUUUAUAGCGUGCCAUCACGACUUCUUUUGUUAAAAGUGUGAGGGGCAAUAAUCCCGCUGAUUUACUGCAGUUCUUAAAUCUCACCCUCUAUUAUAUCCUAUGUUUGACAAUGAGCUUUGGGAUCUUUGCAAUUUCGGGCAUAGACGCUCCGUAAUUAUUUCAGAGGCAGUGUCAAAGAUGGAACACUUGAGAUAUGAAUCGAAUGCCUUCACGCUUCCGAGCGGGAUUUUUUCUCGAAAAUCAGUAUUGCAAAUGCUGUAUCUCGAAAACUAGUAAAAAUCAAAUAAAUACAUUGAAGUAUUCAUUCACCAUAAAUAAAUUUCGUCAUAAAUAAUCAAUCGAACAAUCAUAUGCACAUUUAUAUGCACACAUGCAUAAUUAUAAAUUAUUCUUAUCUAUUUAAUUACAUCUAUUUGUAGAUUAUUGCUCAAAUAGAUCGAAACAAAUAACAAAUUAAUGUUCUUGAAAAGCAAGAAAAAUAAGAAACGCUUUUCAUAUUCAUUCGCAUUAACUUGAACUUAAAUUAUUCAAAAUAUGAAGUUUACUCUCGAAAGUGUGGAUGCAAGCGAGUAUUCGCGUGCGCAGUUCGGCAAUAAAGCUGACGAGCACAAACCAAAUUUUGGUUUCAUACGCAUCCGGUUAUAAUAAUCUAUCCCGUAGUCCUUGCGUAGACCUGUAGCCGGCCUUGAAAUGUUUGAUGCUGUUCUUACAAUAGUGAAGCUUUAACGAAACAGAAGGUUUAUAUUCUUCAUAUAAUUUAUUUACGGCAACUCAAAUAAAAAAUAGGAAACUUUAGACGUAUGUGAGGAGAAAGUAAGGAGUUAAUGAAAUUGUAAAGCUGUAUUUAUGUAAGUAUACAAGAAUCUUUUUCUCCGUUACAGACAUGAGAAAAAGACAGAAUCAGUUACCAAAUAAUAUUUAAAAUACCACUGAGAGAGCAAAAUACUGAACAAACUGUUCAUAAGAUUGGUGCCACUAUAAAUAAAAAUAAUUCGUGUACAACUCUUUUUUGCACAUUUACAUAAUCCAUAAUCGAAGCUAAAAACGUUUGUAUGGAAAAUGAAGAGAAAGACACUCUUACAAAUUUUUUAAUUAACAUUUUAAUUUAGAAAAAUUAAUUUAACUCUUCUUCUAUUAACAUUCCAAUGACAUACUGUAUAUUAGCAGUAAUUAUAAUUCUGUGUCUCAGUAGAAAGUUUUCUGUAUUUUAGAAUUUCUUUUCAUAAAAAAUAAUUUAUCUUGUACUUGUUCAUAUGUUUAUUAGAAACCAGUUUAUUAUCAUUCAUUCCAAUAGAAUCUACUUCGUAAUUUCAUAAUUUUUAAACAAGUGUCCAAAUUGCUUUAAACGACUGUGCAGAAUACCCGUCCAUUUGAUAUUUAAAGUACGAACCAUUUAUCUUAAACCACUGCGACCUUCCGCCUCUGUACACACAUGACGAACAUCAUUAUUUUUUAAAUGCAGCUGAUAGAGACGUCGGUGUUUAUCGCUUGCAAAAAACUAUGUUAUCUUCCAUAGUAUACAUGUAUAGAUCUCCACAGCCGUACGUGAAACUUGUAUAUAAAAUUUGCCUGCUUAAUAACAGUGCAGUCGCUGUUUGGGGAGGCAAUGAAAAGAGUUAAUUAUUUAAUUGACUCACACGAGUACAAAACGUUUUUCGAAUUGUUCAAAAUCUUACAUUACGCGUUCUAAACAAAUAUAGCCUAAGAAUUUUAUUAUACAUUUUUUUCAUUCAAUAGUACUUCCAUUUGUAUAGUAAAAUUUAAUACUACACAAACGAUAUUCAGAAAACGUCUUAUUAGAACACAUUAUGUAUGUACAUGUUAACACUCUUUGGGACCAUCGUAUUUACGUCUAUAUUUAGGAUAAAAAACCAAUUCUUCUAAAAAAAUGGAAGAAUUAAAGAAGAAACUAUUACAAUUUGGAAACAGAAUUAUACAAGGUAUAUGGGUCACAAAUAUUUAUAUGAAUGUUUCUUAAAUUCGUACCUAUAAUACUUCCCAUAUACGAUAAGAUAUUGUACUAUGUAUUAUGUAUGUAUGUACACUACUACAGAUUAAACGUAGACGUAUACAUUCUUAUACAUAUAAUAUAUAUAUAUAUUAUAUAGUUUCAAUAAGACAAGAAAAGUAAUAUAUUUUGUUGUAAAUUAUCAUGAGUAUUGUUGAUAAGUGACUGUAAACAAAAGAUGUGUACAUAAUUGUAAGUUUAGAGUAUAUGUGUACUACUCAAGGUAACUUCUCAAAUGUUAAAGGUAUAGACGAGGACGAGCUAAAAAUAUUUAGCUACAUAGUAAGUAUUUCUCUCUCGCAGCAUGUUGACUACUGGCUGUGACACUAUUCCUGAUUUAUCGAUUUGGAAUUUGAAGAAAUUCGAAGGAGAAAGGAUUCGUGGCCAAUCUCGUGCUGCGAGAGGAAGACAACAUGUAGAUGAAUUGUCUUCCUUGUUUUACGACUUUGUCUAUAAAUCUACACUUUUAAUACAUUUGGAAACUCUUUGCAGUAGUACAUGGUUUCAGAUCGUAAAUGUGGCAUCAAAAUCGAUAUAUUUUAUGAUCGCUGUUAAGUGGAUUAUUAUUAUUAUUACAUAUCUAUAUCGUGAAACAAAAAAUCGUAUACAUUCCAAUCGAUUAGCCAGAUCCUGAUGAACGUUCGACCAUUGCCCAUUACGUCUAAAGACAAUAAUUUUCGUCAUCCAAGAUAGUGUAAAUUUAACACGUAUACACAUAUCCAAUGUACAAAUAAAGGUUCCUAAGAACAGCGAAAUUAUUUCA